AACUCCCUAUUUAUGCCUAUGUUGAUACUUACUUAAAGCCAAUCGCUUCCUUACUUUUUUCCAUAUAUAGAAUUAAUCUAAAUUGUCGAUAUAGAUCUCUAGAUAUCAAUGUUGAUCGUAGCUCAAUACAUCGUCUUCGCCUUGGGAUUAACAUCCCUCCUUGCUUCCUUCACUGCUGUCGCAGGUCAAGAUUUCGGAUAUGGUAACGGGCCUAACGGGCCACAGAAAUGGGGCGAUCUGAAACAUGAAUGGACGACGUGCGGUGCCGGGAAACAACAGUCUCCAAUUGACAUCCCAAAAAUAGAGGUCGAUGAUAAAAACGAUAAGUUGGGUUCUCUGACAAGAGAUUAUGUUGACUCAAAGGCUACGCUCAUCAACAACGGCUUUAACGUUGAGUUGAGAUACGAGGAAGGCGUCGGCAGCGUUACUGCUGAUGGGAGAAACUACUCCCUUCAGCAAUUAAAUUGGCACACACCCUCUGAGCACACUUUGAACGGAGAAAGAUUUCCAGCGGAGCUACAAAUGGUACACAGAACUCAAGAUGGACUUUUUGCUGUAGUGUCAAUCCUAUAUCAAAUCGGUGAUGAAGACACAUUCCUUAACCAGCUGAUGGAGGGUUUGAAGCGAUUAGAAAAAGAGAAAUGCGAUGACAACCAAGAGGCGCGUAUCUCCGUUGGGAAAGUGGACAACAAGGCCUUGAGGCGAUCGACCAAAAAGUAUUUCAGAUACCUAGGCUCUCUUACGACACCGCCUUGCACUGAGUUCAUUUCAUGGACCAUCAUGGGCAAGAUAAGAGAGAUGUCACAAGCUCAGGUUGAUGCUCUGAAGGCACCUCUUGCAGAAGCUUACCGUAACAAUUCAAGACCGAUACAACCAUUGAAUGGGAGGACUGUGAUGCUUUUUGCGGAGAACAAGGACAAGCCAUCGGUGUAACAGUGAUUUUCCGUCGAGUGUGAUCAAUGGGAUAUUAAGCGUUUAUUCUUGAGAGAUUUUGUUUUAAUUUUCCUGUGUUAGUAGUUUGAUUUUACUGUUAAGUCUAUAGACGCGGUACCAUAUUGUUUCCAAGGCCUCGUGCAAGGGAGCCAUUUAGUUUCACUUUUAUCGAGUGUUUUUUGUUAUUGGGCAUACGUAGCAAUGGCUUCUUAAAAUAUUCAAAAACUAUUCGCAAGA